UAUCAGAAAAUUUUAUCAGUUAUCAUUUUUGAAAUUCUACAUUUUUUCUCAUUUUUUUUGCUCCAAGUCGCCGGAACUUUUCCAGUUCGGUUUUGUUAUUUUCUGAAAGUUCGGAAGUUCUUUCUGCGAGCUAAAUAGCGUAAAUAAUUCUGAUGUUUUCUAUACUUUUGAAUAAAAUUUUCCAAAUAUCUCAAUGUUGGUGAAAAUUUGAAGGUUGUCAAUCUGUUGAUUCGUACACCUUUCAAAAAAAUUGUAUUCUUCUACGAGUAUAUUACGUUGAAUAAAAUGUUAUUCGUGUUGUGAUCCCAGAUCAAUCAGAACUUUGAGAAAAGUAUACCUACUUCAUUUUAAGUCGUAUAGAAAUGGCCAAUCCUACUUGCAUAUUUUGCUCGAUAAUUGCUGAAAACGGAGACAAUAUUAUUUUUCAAAAUGAUGAAUUGAUUGUGAUUCGAGAUAUUAAACCCGCUUCCAAGUAUCACUUUUUAAUAAUUCCUAAAAAUCAUAUCGCCGAUGCCAAGAGUUUAACUCCUAGUGAUAAACCUUUACUGGAAAGGAUGAUUGACAGAGCUAAUGUUAUUUUAGAGGAGAAUCAAGUUGAUAUGAAUGAUAUCAGAUUGGCAUUUCAUUGGCCUCCUUUUCGAUCAGUACCUCAUUUGCAUCUUCAUGCUAUUGCUCCAGCUAGUCAAAUGUCUUUAAUUCAUAGGAUAUCUUUCAAACCUGGUACAUGGUGGUGUGUAAGCCCGGAAUACGUCUUGCAGCGAAUAACCGAAUGAACCUCGAGAUGAUAAUAAAUAAUUUAUGCGGGUGCAGAUGUAACGGUUUGUUCCAUAGUUUCUUCCUCUUCAAAUGAACUACUGGAUGUGACUACAGUUGUAGCUACUGUUCGUCGUACUCCGCCUUCAUUCGUAGUUUUUAUGGAAGCUUGGGCACUUUUAGUACUAUCCUGUUUUUGAACCUUGGAAGCUUUUUGUUCGAUGUGUUUAUCGCCCUCGUUUUUUGAAACCUAUAUAUAAGAUUCGAUACCGGUUAAAUCCGAAGGUAAGUUACCAUUAUAAAAUAAGUUGUGAAUUGGUGGAUUGAAAAAACAAAAUAAUAAUAAUAAUGAUUAUGAAAUCAAUA